UAUGCAGGGUCCUUUGCAGGAUUGGGAUUUCUCUCUUUUUACUUAGCUGGAAAACUUAAAGCAUUCGAUCAGAAGGUAAAUGUGGCAAAAAUUUGUACUGUUUUGCUUCCUCUUCUUGCUGCAGCUCUUGUUUGUGUCUCUCGGGUGGAUGAUUAUCGGCAUCAUUGGCAGGACGUGUUUGUUGGGGGACUCUUGGGGCUUGUCAUGGCUACCAUAUGUUAUCUUCAAUUCUUCCCACCACCAUAUCACACUAAUGGCUGGGGUCCUUAUGCACAUUUUGAUGUUGUAGGCGAGGCAAGUUCCACUCAAUUUCCGGUAACUCCCGUCGAUGAUAUAGAGAUGCAUGUGACGCAGUCACAAGCUGCAAGGACUUCAGAAUUAUUUGUGACAAUACCUUUGGGACAUAAUUCAAGUUCAAUGCUAAAUGAAGUUGAAGCUGAAAAAAUGUGAAAUGUUUACUCUAUAGUUUAUAUUUAUCCUAACCUGACGAUAUAUAGCUUUGUUCAUAAGGAUGUGUUUGUAAAUUAUCUGUUAAUAACUGAAAUCAUUUAUACUAAAUCAUUUUUUAUUUUUUAA